AUGGCUGAGACUUUCGAGUUCCAGGCUGAGAUCUCUCAGCUUCUCUCCCUCAUCAUCAACACAGUCUACUCCAACAAGGAGAUCUUCCUCAGAGAACUUGUCUCCAACGCCUCCGAUGCCCUCGACAAGAUCCGCUAUGAGUCUCUGUCCGACCCCAGCAAGUUGGACACUGGCAAGGAUCUCCGCAUCGACAUCAUCCCCGACAAGGAGAACAAGACUCUGACCAUCCAGGAUACCGGUAUCGGUAUGACCAAGGCUGACCUCGUCAACAACCUUGGCACCAUUGCCCGCUCCGGCACCAAGCAGUUCAUGGAGGCUCUCACCGCUGGCGCUGAUAUUUCCAUGAUCGGUCAGUUCGGUGUCGGUUUCUACUCUGCCUACCUCGUUGCCGACAGAGUCACCGUUGUCUCCAAGAACAAUGAUGACGAGCAGUACAUCUGGGAGUCCAGCGCCGGUGGCACUUUCAACAUCUCCCCCGACAACGGCCCCUCCAUUGGCCGCGGCACCAAGAUCAUCCUCCACCUCAAGGAUGAGCAGACUGAUUACCUCAAUGAGUCCAAGAUCAAGGAGGUGAUCAAGAAGCACUCUGAGUUCAUCUCUUACCCCAUCUACCUCCACGUUCAGAAGGAGACCGAGGUCGAGGUCCCCGAUGAGGAGGCCGAGACCGUCGAGGAGGGUGACGACAAGAAGCCCAAGAUCGAGGAGGUCGAGGACGAUGAGGAGGACAAGGAGAAGAAGCCCAAGACCAAGAAGGUCAAGGAGGUCAAGACUGAGGAGGAGGAGCUCAACAAGCAGAAGCCCAUCUGGACUCGCAACCCCCAGGACAUCACUCAGGAGGAGUAUGCCGCCUUCUACAAGUCUCUCUCCAACGACUGGGAGGACCACCUCGCCGUCAAGCACUUCUCUGUUGAGGGUCAGCUUGAGUUCAAGGCCAUCCUCUUUGUGCCCAAGCGCGCUCCUUUCGACCUCUUCGAGACCAAGAAGACCAAGAACAACAUCAAGCUCUACGUCCGCCGUGUGUUCAUCACUGACGAUGCCACUGACCUCAUUCCUGAGUGGCUCAGCUUCGUCAAGGGUGUCGUCGACUCUGAGGACCUUCCCCUCAACCUUUCUCGUGAGACUCUUCAGCAAAACAAGAUCAUGAAGGUUAUUCGUAAGAACAUUGUCAAGAAGGCCCUCGAGCUCUUCACUGAGAUCGCCGAGGACAAGGAGCAGUUCGACAAGUUCUACACUGCCUUCUCCAAGAACAUCAAGCUCGGCAUCCACGAGGACUCCCAGAACCGCAACACCCUCGCCAAGCUCCUCCGCUUCAACUCCACCAAGUCUGGCGAUGAGCAGACCUCCCUCUCCGACUAUGUCACGCGCAUGCCCGAGCACCAGAAGAACAUGUACUACAUCACUGGCGAGUCCAUCAAGGCUGUCUCCAAGUCUCCCUUCCUUGACUCUCUCAAGGAGAAGGGCUUCGAGGUUCUCUUCCUUGUUGACCCCAUUGAUGAGUACGCCAUGACUCAGCUCAAGGAGUUCGAGGGCAAGAAGCUUGUCGACAUCACCAAGGACUUUGAGCUCGAGGAGACCGAGGAGGAGAAGAAGCAGCGUGAGGCUGAGGAGAAGGAGUACGACGGUCUCGCCAAGGCUCUCAAGAACGUUCUCGGCGACAAGGUCGAGAAGGUUGUUGUCUCCCACAAAUUGGUCGGCGCCCCUUGCGCCAUCCGCACUGGCCAGUUCGGCUGGUCUGCCAACAUGGAGCGUAUCAUGAAGGCCCAGGCUCUCCGUGACACCUCCAUGAGCAGCUACAUGUCCUCCAAGAAGACCUUCGAGAUCUCCCCCAAGAGCCCCAUCAUCAAGGAGCUCAAGCAGAAGGUUGAGGCCGACGGCGAGAACGACAAGACCGUCAAGUCCAUCGUUCAGCUCCUCUUCGAGACCUCCCUCUUGGUCUCUGGCUUCACCAUUGAGGAGCCCGCUGGCUUCGCUGAGCGCAUCCACAAGCUUGUCGCUCUCGGCCUGAACCUCGACGAGGAGCCCGAGGCUGCUGCCGAUGCUCCCGCCGCCGAUGCCGGUGUUGCCGCUGCUGAGACCAGCGACAACGCCAUGGAGGAGGUUGACUAA